AUGGUCCUCCCUCACCUCCUCUCUCCCCUCCUCGCACAGAUCCUUGCUCACCUCCUCCCUCACCUCCUUGUUCAACUCCUCUCUCCCCUCCUCGCUCUCCCCCUCUCUCACCUCCUCACUCACCUCCUCGUUCUCCUCCUCCCUCACCUCCCCUCCUCUCACAGCUCCUUGCUCACCUCCUCCCUCAUCUCCUCCCUCACCUUCUCCCUCACCUCCUCCCUCACCUCCUUGUUCACCUCCUAUCGCCCCUCCUCGCUCUCCCCCUCUCUCACCUCCUCUCUCACUUCCUCCCUCACCUCCUCCCUCACCUCUUUGCUCACCUCCUCCUUCUCCUCCUCUCUCACCUCGCUCACCUCCUCUCUCCCCUCCUUGCUCUGCCCCUCUCUCACCUCCUCCCUGACCUCCUCGCUCACCUCCUCCUUCCCCUCCUCCCUCACCUCCUCCCUCACCUCCUCCCUCACCUCCUCCCUCACCUCCUCCUCCCCUCCUCCCUCCUCCUCCUCCCUCACCUCCUCCUCCUCCUCCCUCACCUCCUCCUCACCUCCUCCCUCACCUCCUCCUUCCCCUCCUCCCUCACCUCCUCCCUCACCUCCUCCCUCACCUCCUCCCUGA